UGGAGUGACAAAUUACUCGUUCAGAGCCAUUACAAGGGCUGCACCCGGGCUGUUUAUCUUUGCAUGGGACUCAGUCACUGUCACUUCCAUUUUCACACUGGGGCUAUCAGUUUAUCUUUCACUCUCUCAUCCCAAUCCUUCUGUCACCCUCCCUCUAAACCCCGCUGUCUUCUAUUAUGAACUCAUUCAGUCAUUCCUCAUUCGAUAUCCUCUUUCUUUGCUUACUGCUACAUCACCAGUAAGCAAAGUGGAGUUUUUGAUCGUGUAGGGACAUGUCUUGGCCGGGAGAGGCAACAGCGAGUGACCUACAGUUCCUCUCAGCCUGAGGGGACAGGUGCAUGCUGGUCUGCUCGGCAGCAUGAGGUGGAAAAGGCAAACUCAUGUGGCAGACUCAUGUGACAGCUACGUCCACGAAUGCAUCAUUUGGACGCAGAGGAGAUGUGACGCAGAAGAAUACGCAAGACGACAGCAUGAAGGAACCCCAGCCCCACCUUCAAAUCCUGUUGGUUAUGUGUUGGGUGACGCAGGACGGAGGAGACAUUGAUGGCACAAGAAAGGAGACUAGAUGGAGGCAGACACAAAACUCUGAAAGCAGAUGGACUGCCCAACAGACCUCUGUUACAUGUCUAUAUCAUCCUGAUGAAACCUGCACCUACAAGUAAAGAGUACAUUUGUGUGUGUGUGCACAAAUCUAGGCUUCAUCUUAACCACACGUGUCUCUACUUUGUUCCUCUCAACAUCAGCCACCACAGGAGAUCUCUCCUCAACAUGUUUCCACAAUCAGGGAAAUCGAUUGUCUUUGACAACUUUCCGGACCCCACGGACACCUGGGAAAUUAUUGAGACAAUCGGCAAAGGGACCUACGGAAAAGUUUACAAGGUGCUCAACAAAAUCGAUGGAAGCAAAGCGGCUGUAAAGAUAUUGGAUCCAAUCCAUGAUAUCGAUGAAGAAAUCGAAGCAGAGUACAACAUCCUCAAAGCUCUCUCUGACCACGCCAAUGUCGUCAAAUUCUACGGGAUGUACUACAAGAAAGACGUCAAAUGUGGAGAUCAGCUGUGGCUUGUACUGGAGCUCUGCAAUGGUGGCUCUGUGACAGAUUUGGCUAAAGGCAUGUUGAAAAGAGGAGACAGGAUGGAUGAAGCCAUUAUUGCCUUCAUCAUUCAUGAAGCCCUCAUGGGCCUCCAGCACCUGCAUGUCAACAAGACCAUCCACCGUGACGUCAAAGGCAAUAACAUCCUGUUGACGACGCAUGGAGGCAUCAAACUUGUAGACUUUGGUGUUUCCGCCCAGCUGACAAAUACCCGCCUGAGGAGGAACACCUCUGUGGGAACUCCCUUCUGGAUGGCUCCCGAGGUGAUAGCCUGUGAGCAGCAGCUGGACUCCACUUACGACGCUCGUUGUGAUGUCUGGUCGCUUGGCAUCACCGCCAUAGAGCUGGGGGAUGGAGACCCACCUCUGUCUGAACUCCACCCAAUGAGAGCCCUUUUCAAAAUACCCAGAAAUCCAGCGCCUACUCUCCACCAGCCCGAGCUCUGGUCAGACGACUUUAAUGACUUCAUUUGCAAAUGUCUGAUAAAGGACUUUGAGCUGAGACCAAAUGUGUUAGACCUGCUGCAGCAUGUGUUCAUCAAACAGAUUCUCGGCAAAGAGAAAAUCCUGCAGAAACAAUUGAUUGAGCUCAUUGAUCUCAACCAACAAAUAGGAGUUAUUGAGAAAACAAGCCAUCAUGGAAAGACAGACAGACGCAAAGACAGUAAUGACAGGCAUGAACGCAUUCACACUAAAAGAGGAAGCCACAUGAAGACGCCGACUGACCCAGAUGAGGUGGACGACCUCGCCACCCUCGAAGUUCUAGACGAGAACACCGUCACAGAGCAGCUUCAGAGCCGCUAUGGAAGGGAUCAGAUUUACACGUACGUGGGAGACAUCCUCAUCGCAGUCAAUCCUUUCCAUAAGAUGGAGAUAUACACUCCUCAGUUCACCAAGAUAUACAUAGGAGCUAAGCGUUCAGCUAACCUUCCACACAUCUUCGCUGUGGCUGAUAUCGCCUACCAGUCCAUGGUGUCGUACAAUGCAGAUCAGUGCGUUGUGAUCAGUGGGGAAAGCGGAGCUGGGAAAACAGAGAGUGCUCAUCUGUUGGUGCAGCAGCUGACUGUUCUUGGGAAGGCCAACAAUCGGACACUUCAGGAGAAGAUCCUCCUGGUAAACAGCUUGGUUGAGGCUUUUGGGAACGCCUGCACCGUCAUCAAUGACAACUCCAGCCGCUUCGGCAAAUACCUGGAGAUGAAGUUCACCUGUGGAGGAACUGUGGUGGGAGCGCAGAUAUCUGAGUACCUGCUGGAGAAAUCCAGAGUCAUCCACCAGGCCGUAGGGGAGAGGAACUUCCACAUCUUCUACUACAUUUACGCUGGCCUGGCUGACAGAAAGAAACUAGCCCACUACAAGCUCUCCGACAGCAAAGCACCAAAGUAUCUGUGUAAUGACCACAUUAAACUGGGACCUGACAUAGUGAGCAACAGCUUCUACAAGGAGCAGUUUGAUGCAGUGGAGCAGUGUUUCAAAGUCAUUGGAUUCACCCUGGAGGAGCUGGGCAGUGUUUACAGCACGCUUGCUGCCAUCCUCAACUCUGGUGAUAUCGAGUUCAUUCCUGUGGCCUCGGAGCAUCAAACAGACAAGAGCAUCAUCUCCAACAUCUCUGUCUUGGAAAACGUGGCAUCACUGCUGUGCAUCCGCUCAGAUGAGCUCCAGGAAGCCCUGACCUCUCACUGCGUGGUCGCCCGAGGGGAGACGAUCGUCAGGCCCAACACGGUGGAGAAGGCAGGGGAGGUGAGGGACGCCAUGGCCAAGGCGCUCUACGGUCGCCUCUUCAGCUGGAUCGUCAACCGCAUCAACGUGCUGCUGCGACCCGACAGCGACCCAGGAGAGGAGGACAAGGGCCUGAACAUCGGUAUCCUGGACAUCUUUGGUUUUGAGAACUUCAAGAAGAACUCAUUCGAGCAGCUCUGCAUCAACAUCGCCAACGAGCAGAUCCAGUUUUACUUCAACCAGCACAUAUUCGCAUGGGAACAGGAUGAGUACCUGAACGAGGAAGUGGAGGCUCGGAUGAUCGAGUAUGAGGACAACCGGCCCCUCCUGGACCUGUUCCUGCAGAAGCCCAUGGGGAUGCUCUCACUUCUGGACGAGGAGAGUCGUUUCCCACAGGCCACCGACCAGACCCUCGUAGAUAAAUUCGACGAUAACCUCAAAACUAAAAGUUUCUGGAGACCAAAGAGGGUGGACCUCGGCUUUGGCAUCCAUCACUAUGCUGGAAAGGUGAUCUACAACGCUGCAGGCUUCUUGGCCAAGAACAGGGACACGCUGCCGGCUGACAUCAUCCUGCUGCUGAGGUCAUCAGAGAACGAGCUCACACGUAAACUGGUCACCCAUCCCCUCACUAAAACAGGCAACCUUGCCCACACCAAGGGUAAAGGCAUAAACACAAUGCGGACCCCGUCACGCACCAUCACCUUCGCCAAGCCGGGUGAUCCUGGAGACACGCCGUACCACCCGAGAGAAACCACCAACAUGAGAACCCAGACAGUGGCGUCUUAUUUCAGAUACUCUCUGAUGGAUCUGCUGUCAAAGAUGGUGGCCGGGCAGCCUCACUUCGUCCGCUGCAUCAAACCAAACAACGACCGCCACGCCAACAAGUUCGACCGGGAGAAGGUUCUGGUUCAGCUGCGAUACACCGGAGUCCUGGAGACAGCCAAGAUCAGACGGCAGGGCUACUCCCACCGCAUCCUGUUUGCUAACUUCAUAAAGAGGUACUACAUCUUAGCUUUCCAAGCUCACGAGGAGCCGCCAGUGACUCCAGAUACAUGUGCUGCGAUUCUAGAGAAGGCCAAGCUGGAGAACUGGGCGAUGGGGAAGACCAAGGUGUUCCUUAAGUACUACCACGUUGAACAUCUGAACCUGAUGGUGCAGCAGGCCACACAGCGGAUCGUUCUGCUGCAGGCGUACGUCCGAGGCUGGCUGGGAGCAAAGCGAUACCGGCGGAUUUUAAAAGAGCGAGCGCAGAGCGCUCUGGUGCUGCAGUCAGCUUACAGAGGACAUAAAGCACGAAGGAAGGUGGCUGACAACAAAAGCAAAGCAAAGCUGGAGGUCUUCAUUGUUCAGUUUCAGGCCGUUUGCAGGGGCUAUCUUGCCAAAAAGAAAUACAAGGAGUUAGUGGAGGAGAAGAACAAAGCUGCAACCAAGAUUCAGGCACGCUACAGAGGACACAAGGAGAGGAAAAACUUUAAAGGAAAACGGGAAGCCAAAGAGAAAGAGAAAGCAGAAAAAGAAAAAGAACAAGAAACUCCUGCACCAGAAGAGACCCAGAAUGAAGGAACUACCUCUUCUGCCAACGAUGAAACAAACAACGAGGAAGAGGAAACCAAGGCUGCCGUGGUUCUCCAGAGCAACUUCAGAGGAUACAAAGAGAGGAAAAAGUUUAAGGAGAGGAAAAAGGAAAAGACGGAGACAGAGGUAACGCAGAAUGAAGAUGUGGAAGUAGAAGGUGUGAAAGAGUCAACUGAAAAUGAAGAGGAAGGGGAAAAGGCGGCUGAUAAACAGGAUGAGAACGAUGAAGAUGAGAGUACAUACGAAGCAGAGGAGGAUUUUGACAGCGAUCACACACAGGUGCCAGAUGAUGAAGAGCAUUCGGAAGUGGAUCUAGACCCUCCAAUUGAGGACGCAGUGGCAGCCGAUGUCUGGCAAGAAGAACAGGAUGAGAACAAGUUGCAGAAUGGAAAAGAAGAAUCGAUCAACGUCGAAGAAGAAACGAAGGCUGCCACCGUUCUCCAGAGCAACUUCAGAGGUCACAAAGAGAGGAAGAGGCUGCAGGAGGAGGGGAAGAUCCCCGCCAAGAAUAAGAAAGAAAAAAGUCCAGAAAAGGCUGGUGUGUCCUCGAGUGAUGUCAAGUCAGAAGAGCAAGAUGAAACCAAAGCAGCCGUGGUGCUCCAGAGCAACUUCAGAGGCCACAAGGAACGCAAACGACUGGAGGAGGAAGGAAAGAUCCCGAAGAAGAGGAAGAAGGAGGUAGAGAAACCAGUACCAGAGUCAGGAUUAGAGGAGGAAAAAGCGGCUACGGUCCUCCAGAGUAACUUCAGAGGCCAUCGAGAACGGAAAAAAAUGAAAGCAGAAAAAGAAGCAAAAAAGAAAACAAAGGACGAAAUCGAUUAUGACUUGGCAGAGGAGGCAACGGAGGACGCUCUGGAUGUUACUGAUGUAGAGAUCGAGCGUAAAGUGGAGACGGACGCUGAGAAAGAAAGACAAGAAGAAGAGCAGGCAGCAGUGAAGAUCCAGAGCAACUUCAGAGGGUACAAGGACAGGAAGAACCUGAAGGCUAACAAGCAGAGUGCAAAGAAGGAGGGUGCAGAACUGAAGAGCUUCUCUGUUGAGAUCGCCGAGGCCUCUCAGGACUUUCUGGCCCUGCAGCAGAAGCUGAAUGCGAUCAUCCAUGCCCAUCAAUCAAACCCCGAAAACAACGGCAUGUUUGUGAGAGGGAAAGCAGUCAAUGGCUUUGCUCCGCCGAAUCACCAAACAACUGAAAAGAGACAGUCCCGGACCCCCCGCAGGACCCAGCAGCCAAAGACCCUCAACACACCAGAGGACUCCACCUAUUACAACUUAAUUCAUAGAUCUGUCCAGGACGAUAAACGAAAGCCCAGGAAAGAAGAUCAAGGAAAGCUGCUGGAUGUUGAUGACCACUACUACCGGGAACUGUCCACCAGCAGGUCCGAACCCACCCUCCCCACAGAGAGCAUGUUGGCUCGGAGCACACCUGAGAGACGGAUGUCCUUAGAGAGAAGACGGUCCAUGGACAGAAGGCGAUCGAUGGACAGGAGACAGUCUCUCGUGGGUAGCAGACAUACCAGAGAGAGGGCCGUCACUGAACCGGGACCCCCAAAACGUGGAAAUGACAACAGGCGCUCUGUUCCCAGACUGCCCUCCACUGAGAGUCAGGCUGAGGAGAAUCCAUACGACUUCAGACACCUACUGAGGAAGACCUCCCAGAGACGAAGGCUCAUCAAAUAGUUCUGAACACAUGACUGAACUUUUUUUUUUUUUUGCCGUUUGGCUCACAAUCUGUGCACAUCUGUAUAUUUAUGAGUAUUUACUUCAUCACACCUUUGAGACUGUAAAGUUAAAAGCAUUGGUGAUAAGUCACCAUGAGUCUGAUUAAUUUAAACAGUACAAGAGGAUGGAGGUAAGUGUAAAUAACAAACUGCUACACCUUGAACACUGGCUGUAAAUGAAGGGUUGGUUCAUUAGUUGUAAAGUAGACGUUGCUGUUUUUGCUGCAUCAUCUUCGGGUUAUGUUUGAGGCUGUCAAUAUGCAUUCAUACAUUCAGUAGAUUGUAUAAAAUAUCUAUAGAUUAUGUAAAUAAAGAUACUAUGCUCUUACACCUGAA